AACAAAAUUUUGCCGACGGCAAACAUCAAAUGAGCAAAUCAUUCCUCGGUUAAUGCAAUAAAUAACAUCUGUGUAAACUACAUUUUCUUGAUCGUAAAUUGCAUUAGCUUGUUUCAUCUUGGAACUUUCUGUAAACAGGAUGUGGUUUUGCAAUUGAUGUAGACAUACGUCAAAACUAUCAAAAUAUUGUUCUGUCGUAAUAACGCGAGCGCAAGUUCUUACCAACGGAGUUUAUUUGUUGAUCGUGAAAGCGGUUCAGGAGACAAGCGACAUAGAGCGACAGUGUUCGUAAAACUCAAAUAGAAUUAUAUCCAAUUACCGUAGUGCAUAUACAUAUCAAAAUGUCUUGUUCGAAAACUGAAUCGACAUCAACGGAUGUCAUGUUAACGGAUCCGGUGCCUUCGUUUGACACAAUCUAUCAAGAUGCAAUCAAAACUUUUCGUGAGACAUUCGAUGCGCUACCAGAUGUGGCCGCGUGCGCUCCGGGUAGAGUCAAUUGUAUUGGUGAACACAUUGAUUACAAUGACGGUUUUGUAUUGCCAAUGGCACUUCCAAUGGUUACGAUUAUUGUGGGAAAGCGCAACAAAACGAAAUCCACGGCAAAUAUUGUUACCUGCUGCAACGGUGCCGAUCAACCAACAAAUAUUUCCAUUGAUUUGAACAGUUUAACGGUCGGAGUACCAAAAUGGGCGAACUAUGUAAAAGGUGUAUUGAAAUGUUUUGGUAAACAAUUGCCAGGAUUCGAUGCGGUCAUUAUGACAAAUGUUCCAAUAGGGGGCGGACUAUCAAGCAGCGCAGCACUCGAAGUGGCCACAUUAAUGUUCAUUCAAUCUUUAACCGAUGCCGAUGGUAAUAAAAACUCUGACAACAUCAAAUCCUUAACGCAAAAACAACAGGCGCUAUUGUGCCAAAAAGCUGAACACGAAUUUGCCGGCAUGCCCUGCGGCAUAAUGGAUCAAUUGAUUUCGGUAAUGGGAAAACGCGACCAUGCAUUGCUUAUCGAUUGCCAAACAUUGGACACGAUCCAGAUACCCUUUGAGUUGGGAGAUGAUUUGGCCGUUUUAAUCUGCAAUUCAAACGUACGCCAUGAGCUAUCGCACAGUGAAUAUCCAACAAGACGAAAACAAUGUGCAGAAGCGCUUGAACUCAUGCGUUUAAACAGUUACAAAGAUGCAACUAUUAAAAGCUUAGAUGCUUUGAAGGGAACCGAUGGAGUCUUGAUCAAACGAGCACGUCAUGUUAUAACGGAAAUUCAACGAACACGUGAAGCUGCUGAUGCAUUACGGAAACAAGAGUUCAAAGAGAUGGGUCGAUUAAUGUAUGAAUCGCAUAAAUCACUGCGAGAUGAUUUCGAAGUAUCGUGCAAUGAGCUUGACAUACUAGUUGAAGCGGCAAUUAGUUGUUCUAGUGUGUUAGGGACACGAAUGACCGGCGGUGGAUUUGGCGGCUGCACAAUUACAUUGCUUCGCAAAAAUGAUAUAAAUAAUGUGAUAACGCACAUCAAAACGAUUUAUACUGCAAAUGGCACAAAUGGACGCACAGCCAGUUUCUAUGUUGUAGAGCCGGCUGAUGGUGCCCGCCGUGUGCUCUAAAUUUGUAGAAUGCAAAUGCUGCCGAAAUAUAAACAAACAUUCGUUUUUAGCGCGAAACAUUUAUUUUAACGAUGAUAAUGUUGAUUAUGUAAUUCGACAAUAUCCGUUUUUUUCGUGCAUUUAUUUCACUCGGUUCUCAAGCUCUAAUUUCGAUUACAUCAUAUAAUUGCAGAUUGUUAAAAUGGAACAAAGUAAUAAAUAAAAAGCAGACAGAAAAACA